AGAACAUUAAGGUUAGCAAAAACCCUUGUUGAUGACAGUUGCUAAAUUUUCAUGUACUUAAUUGUCGCAGUAGCGUAUUUGUUGUGAUCGUGUUGGAGUUAUCACCGAACUUUUCUCUGAAGAACUCUGAAUUGGCAAUAGAAAGGAUGAAGGUGAUAACCUGUGAAAUCGCCUGGCACAACAAGGAGCCCGUCUACAGUUUAGAUUUCCAGAGGAACCCUGAGGCCAGGAUAGACCGGCUGGCCACCGCUGGCGUCGACACAACAGUUAGGAUAUGGCGAGUAGACAAAGGUCCAGAUGGGAAGGCUGUUGUGGAGUUCCUGUCCAAUUUGGCUCGCCACACUAAAGCAGUAAACGUGGUCCGCUUCUGCCCCAACAAAGAACUCCUGGCGUCUGGAGGAGAUGACGGCGUCAUCCUGCUGUGGAAGCUGAAUGACGCCAAGGAGUCUGAGCCGGCUUCAGCCUUCUACGAGGAAGACGAUGCAAAGCUCAACAAGGAGAGCUGGAAUGUUCUAAAGACUCUGAGGGGUCAUAUUGAGGAUGUUUAUGACAUAUCCUGGACUAAAGAUGGAAACUUUUUGGUGUCUGGUUCUGUGGACAACACCGCCAUCAUGUGGGACGUGACCAAGGGUCAGAAGCUGUGCAUCUUCAAUGACCACAAAAGCUAUGUGCAGGGUGUGACCUGGGAUCCUUUGGGACAGUAUAUUUGCACAUUAAGUUGUGACAGAGUGUUGCGUGUGUUUAAUACCCACCUGAAAAAGAGGGCCUUUAGCAUCAGCAAGAUGGCCUCUAGCUCUGCAGCAGAGGGAGAGGUGAAGAAUUACAGGAUGUUUCAUGACGACAGCAUGAAGUCCUUCUUCAGACGGUUAACCUUCACGCCAGAUGGCUCCUUCCUCCUGGCCCCUGCGGGAUGUGUGGAAGCUGGAGAGAAUGUCACCAAUACCACAUAUGUGUUUUCCAGGAAAAGCUUCAAAAGGCCGGUAGCACAUCUGCCCAGUCCUGGUAAGGCCACGCUAGCCGUGCGCUGUUGCCCUGUCUACUUUGAACUGCGAACAAAGAAGGGAGAAGAUGGUGAGGUCAAGCCCUUGCCAAACACCCUCCAGCUGCCGUACCGCGUGGUGUUUGCUGUGGCAUCGGAAGACUCCCUCUUCUUCUACGACUCCCAGCAGACUCUCCCGUUUGGCUACGUCUCCAACAUACACUAUCAUACACUCAGCGACCUCAGCUGGUCCAAAGAUGGCUUAAUCCUGUCUGUGUCAUCGACGGACGGCUACUGCUCUUUUGUCACGUUUGCAGAGGGCGAGCUCGGAAGCCCUCUCAAAGAGCCUCCCGUCCUUAAGAUCCCCACGCCCGGCUCCGCCCAGGAGAAGAAGGGCCGGAGGACCUCCAAUGGCAGGACGGCGUCGCCUGUGCCCCGCACUCCCAUCACCCCUGGCAGUCAUGAGAAGGACAAAGCGGCCGCUGUCUCCCCCUCUGCCGGCACCACCAUGGCCUCCCCGCCACCGGUCAAACUCAGCCGCGCCGAGGAGAGGAAGACGCCGCAGAACCCGCAGGCGAAGUCGCAGCCUCGCCGUAUCACCCUCAACACGCUGACGACCGCCUGGAGCAAACCCAGCACCCCCAAAAACACCGGCAGCACCCCUAGCUCAGCCCCCGCCACCCCGGCUGCCUCUGCCUCCGCCGCGAGCACUGCUGCUACAACACCCCUCACAAAAACCCCCGGCACCCCUAAAACCCCCGUCCCCAAUGCCCCUGCAGUGUCUGCGACAAGCACCCUGGCAUCAGCAACACCGAGCACCCCCAAAACUACCCCAUCCACCCCCUGCAACAACAAGGGCUCCUCUGCUCCCUCCACCCCCCUGGGACUGACAAACCAGCAGCAGAAGAGCAGCUCUGCCAAGGGUCCUACUCCCAGGCGUAUUUCUCUGACCUCAGUCAUGCUGCGAUCACCUGCUCCCUCUCAGAGUUCCAUCGCACCCUCCUCCACUGAAAAGGCCAAACACGAGAGACCAUCCCCUUCCAGUGACCCUCUCUGCAACCCUCCGGAGUCCAAGCGUCCAAAGACGGACUCUCCCCAGCCAAAGGCAUCCAGUGCCCCUGAACCUGAAGCGGGCCCUGCCCCUGCUCUUGUCCAGGGAGACCCCAGCACGGGCUGAGACCGGCUGGAGACCUCUGGAUCUGUGUACCUCAUGCUCCCACUCAGACUCAACAAUGCCACCAUUUGCCCUCUUCUAAGAGUGCCCAUGUAUUUGCAUGUGCGCUUACAUAAAAGUACUGUAUCCGAAUCCUUUUAAGUGGAGAAGUGAAGAAAGGGUUUAAAAUGUCAAGCAACGAUCAACGAUUAUGUUGAUGUGGGACUAACACACACACAUACAGACACGUGCGGAGCACCAUUAUUACGGUCUACAUUCUAAUGUUAAAGCUGUUAAACUGUUUGCUCUUUUGUUUUUUCUUUUGUAAGGUAGCAUUUUGUAUAUAUUAUAAUAUCUAUGUGCUCACAAUACUUGGUAAUGUCUACACACAAAAAAAGAAAGAUUUCUUUUUCAUGUAAUGUGGUCCCCUUUUCACUGUCUUCUCAUCUUUAAAACACAUGCAACAUUCUAAAAUCUAAGCAGUUUAUCUGGACUUUUCAGCUUAUCUGAAUUUUUAUUUUUUGAUAUUCUGCAAAGUGAUAUAAAAGAAUUUUCAAAAUA